UCUUGCCUUGGGCCUUGCCAGCUCUUGCCCGGGUUGGAUGUCAGCGCUGGAGCUGAUUUUGGGAGACCAGGGGAGGCUUUUGCCUGGGCUGGGCUCUUGGAAUCCAUUCAUCCAAAAGAAUCCUCUCCGAACCCAAUAUCUUCCUUUCCCUAGUCCCUCAUGUGCCCUCGGUUGCUCGUCUCCUGUCGGCGGUCAGGUACUGUUUUGGAGCAGCGACAUCGUCUAUCAGGCUCUGCCCUGAAGCAGAUUAGAGGGCCAUGGUGAGGAAGAGGCCAAACAUAUUGGUGACGGGCACACCAGGAACGGGGAAGACAACAACAUCGUCUGCCUUAGCAGAGGCAACACAGCUCCACCACAUCAACGUCGGUGAUUUGGUGAAGGCCAAGAAUCUCCAUGAUGGGUGGGAUGAUGAGCUAGACUGUUACAUCAUCAAUGAAGACCUGGUAUGCGAUGAGCUUGAGGAUUCCAUGGAAGAAGGAGGGAACAUUGUAGACUACCAUGGUUGCGAUUUCUUCCCUGAGAGAUGGUUUGAUCUUGUGGUUGUGCUCCAAACUGACAACACCGUCUUGUAUGACCGCUUGACUCGAAGAGGAUAUUCGGAGUCAAAGCUCUCCAACAAUAUUGAAUGUGAAAUAUUUCAAACUUUGCUUGAGGAGGCAAAAGAGAGCUACCCAGAAGAUAUCGUGCUUCCUUUAAAGAGUGAUAGCAUCCAAGACAUUUCGACUAAUCUUUCUACUUUGGCAGAAUGGGUCAGGAGGUGGCAACCUUCAACUUAGUUUCCGACUAAUCUUUCUACUUUGGCGGAAUGGAUCAAGCUUUUGUGAAUUUUUCGUGUACUAUUAUGACGACAUAUUUGUUUUCUGUCUCGUAUCAGUUUUACCAUUAUGUUUUGUCUCUCUCCUGAAUUGCUAUUGUUCAUUGAA